GUAAAACCCACUCUGUCCCUCUUUCCCUCUCAAGUCUGAAAAAAGCCAAAGCUCUCAGUACAAUCACUUUUACAGGGGGGACGACGAAAUCAAAUGAACCACAAUCCCUCGGUCGAUCCCAGAUUCCGGCGUCACUCUUUCUGCUUCGCCGGUGGGCCUGGAUCCGUCUUCAAAGAGUUUUAACUGUCCGUUGUUAUAUUUAUUUGUUCCUGCCCACCAAGUCCUUUUCUGUGAUCUGCUUCUUCAGUUGGAACUUAAAAAUCCUUGAUUGAGGAGUGGGCAGGGUUGGUUAGGUUGGUUAGAUUCCUUUCUUUUUUUCUUUUUUUUUUUCCUUUUUCAUUGAUGGGCUCGAAGCCGUGGCUGUAUCCGGCUCCGACCUAUCGCCCUUUAGAGACCUUUUGGGCCACCGACGACGAUGCGCCCGGCCCACGCUGCGGCCACACUCUCACUGUCGUUGCUGCUACCAAAACUCACGGUCCUCGCCUUAUCCUCUUCGGUGGCGCCACUGCUAUCGAGGGCGGUAAUGGUGGCGCUCCCGGCAUCCGGUUAGCUGGGGUGACGAAUUCUAUCCAUUCCUAUGAUGUUCUUACUAGAAAAUGGACCAGACUCCGGCCAGCCGGGGAGCCACCUUCUCCCAGGGCCGCGCACGCUGCUGCCGCCGUCGGUACUAUGGUUGUGUUUCAGGGUGGAAUAGGUCCUGCUGGGCAUUCAACGGAUGAUCUCUAUGUGCUUGACUUGACAAAUGAUAAAUUCAAGUGGCACCGAGUUGUAGUUCAAGGACAAGGUCCUGGUCCAAGGUAUGGACAUGUGAUGGACUUGGUUGCUCAAAGAUACCUUGUCACUGUUACUGGCAAUGAUGGAAAAAGAGUGUUGUCAGAUGCUUGGGCAUUGGAUACUGCUCAAAAGCCAUAUGUAUGGCAGAGACUUAAUCCAGAAGGGGACAGACCAUCUGCUAGAAUGUAUGCGACAGCUAGUGCCCGCUCAGAUGGCAUGUUUUUGCUUUGUGGUGGAAGAGACUCUUCUGGCACGCCGCUGGGAGAUGCUUACGGAUUGCUUAUGCAUAGAAAUGGCUUAUGGGAAUGGACUCUUGCACCUGGAGUGUCACCUUCUUCAAGGUAUCAACAUGCUGCGGUUUUUGUUGGUGCUAGAUUGCAUGUUACGGGAGGGGUUCUUAGAGGUGGACGAGCAGUUGAAGGUGAAGCUGCCGUUGCAGUGUUGGACACUGCUGCUGGAGUUUGGCUGGAUAGGAACGGGCUAGUGACUUCUUCACGGGGUAGCAAGGGACACACGGAGAAUGAUACUUCACUGGAGCUGAUGCGUCGCUGUCGCCAUGCAGCUGCAUCUGUUGGUGUUCGAGUAUAUACUCAUGGUGGUCUAAAAGGAGAUGUCCUGUUAGAUGAUUUUCUGGUUGCAGAAAAUUCUCCAUUACAGUCUGACAUGAAUUCCCCUGUUAAUACUCCUGAGAAGACAAGCCCAAGGUCAAUCCAGUCUACUUCACCUUCACAUACUCCUGCAGCAGCUAUGGAUGGAGAGCCUGAGGCCCUUUCAUCUGGCAGUUUGAGCAUGGACAGAAAUUCAAUGGAAAAAUUGGCAGAAGCUUCUGCUGCUGAAGCAGAGGUUGCAAAUGCUGUCUGGCAAGCUGUGCAGGCAGCAUCAUCCACCCCUGAAGAAACAUCUAUCUCAGGUGACAACCCACAAGAUGCAGAUAAUACUUCAGAGGGUAGUGACAGCGAAGCUGAUGUUCGCCUCCACCCUAGAGCUGUUGUAGUGGCAAAAGAGACUGUUGGAAGCCUGGGGGGGAUGGUAAGACAGUUGUCAUUGGAUCAAUUUGAAAAUGAGAGUAGGCGCAUGGUGACAACACAUAAUGAUUUGUCACAUCCAACGAAAAAGUUCACCAGGCAGAAGUCUCCUCAGGGCUUGCAUAAGAAGAUCAUAUCAACACUGCUUCGGGCUCGGAACUGGAAAGCUCCUGUGAACAGAAAGUUCUUUCUGGAUUCGUAUGAAGUUGGUGAGCUUUGUUAUGCUGCUGAGCAGAUCUUCAUGCAUGAGCCAACAGUUCUCCAACUGAAAGCCCCAGUAAAAGUGUUCGGUGAUCUUCACGGACAGUUUGGUGAUCUAAUGCGGCUUUUUGAUGAAUAUGGAUUUCCUUCCACUGCAGGAGACAUAACUUAUAUUGAUUAUCUUUUCCUGGGAGAUUAUGUUGAUCGAGGGCAGCACAGCCUGGAGACCAUCACGUUGCUCUUGGCACUGAAGAUUGAAUAUCCUGAGAAUGUUCACUUGAUUCGUGGGAAUCAUGAGGCUGCUGACAUUAAUGCGCUUUUUGGUUUUCGCAUUGAAUGCAUUGAGAGGAUGGGAGAGAAUGAUGGGAUAUGGGCCUGGACCCGUUUCAAUCAACUUUUUAACUAUCUUCCACUGGCUGCAUUGAUUGAGAAGAAAAUUAUCUGCAUGCAUGGUGGUAUAGGGAGGUCAAUAAAUUCAGUAGAACAGAUCGAGAAAAUAGAAAGGCCCAUAACAAUGGAUGCUGGAUCUAUAAUCCUAAUGGAUUUGCUAUGGUCUGAUCCAACGGAGAAUGAUAGCGUUGAAGGAUUGAGACCAAAUGCAAGAGGGCCUGGUCUUGUGACCUUUGGGCCUGAUCGUGUUACAGACUUCUGUAAGAAGAACAAACUACAGCUCAUCAUAAGAGCUCAUGAAUGCGUGAUGGACGGAUUUGAACGUUUUGCUCAGGGUCAAUUGAUCACCCUUUUCUCGGCCACUAACUACUGUGGAACGGCCAACAAUGCUGGGGCAAUUUUGGUGGUUGGCAGGGGGUUGGUUAUUGUUCCUAAGUUGAUUCAUCCCUUGCCACCCCCACUUCAAUCUCCUGAGACAUCUCCAGAACGCAUGACAGAGGAAAAUUGGAUGCAGGAGCUUAACAUUCAAAGGCCGCCAACGCCUACCAGAGGUCGUCCGCAGCCUGAUCUUGACAGAAAUUCGCUUGCCUACAUCUGAUUCCUUUUUGAUGAGAUUUAUACUGCAUGAUUUUGAGGCCAGAAUCACAAGUCCUUUGGAUUUCACAAUCAUCAUUUUUCAGAAUGCAGAGCAGCCAUAGAUUGACAUGUUCCGUUGGCAGCAUGUUGUAUUUAACAAAUGCAAGUGUGAAGUAUAUAGGCUGAGAUUGUUGUGAGAACAGGCGAUUACCGCUCGUUCUCCGUAGGAAGGUUUUGUAACAUACAGCUGCGCUGGAGUGAAGGGAAAUCAGGGAAGUGGGUAUAUCCUGAUAUAUGAAAACAACUAAAACAAGGGGAGAGAGUCUCCCAGGGAGUUGUGUGUACUGUAAUAUAGGAAGAAAGUGAUUUUGUAGCUAUCAUAUAGUUUUUAGCGUUUAGCGAUGAGCUUGAAAUACAUGUUACACGUGUAAUAAUAAUAAUAAGUCAUAAUUAUUUUUGUAAAAAUA